AUGCAUCGCGUUGGCAGCGCAGUCCUCGGUGCCGUUAGCUUCCAGCUCGCGCACUUGGCCCUGGAGGCGCCACAGAGUCGGGCAGCGUGGGGUUGGAGCAUGGACGUGCCGCCUGGCCUUGGCUUCACGUGCGAGGAGGGCAGCACCAUUGCCGGAGCUGCUGGUUCACCUGACAGCGAUUUUGAUUGCACAGUUGUACCGGACAGCGGCAUGGAAUGUGAUGUCUCGAGCACGAGCAUAGUGUGCUAUAAGACUGCCACGCCAAGCGACACCUUCAUCCCAACAGCGGGGCUGUGCAUCAACAAUGGCCAUCCGCCCAAUAUGGAUGACAACGACUCGGCGAUCACGUGGAGUACAGUGCCAUCAUGCACCGAGGUCGACACAACAGUCGAUGAUGUGACAAGCGACACACCUAUGGCAUCAGCCGUUGGUGCGGCAGUUGCAGUGAGCGUGCUCUGCGUCUAG